AUGGCUGCCAAGGUGGUUAAGCUGGCAGCGAUCCCAGCAGCCCUGGGAUUGGGUAUGGCCUCCUUUCGAGUGCAUGCCCUGAGCAAGGGCGACAAGGAGGAACUGCUUUCUCCGCAGGAGCUGUCCAUCUACGCCUCUCCGGCCCAGAAUCUCCGCUACGUGGAAGAACAGCCAAGCUUCCUGCAGAGGGCUUUUGGCCAGCUGCGGGUGGGGCUACAGCCAUAUGCUAGGACCGUUGAGGGCACCAGUAGCCUUGUAAAAGCUGGAGCAGCAAACGUUUAUCGUGCUGGACAAGAUGCCUACCGCUUCCUGAAAGACCCCUCUCCUGGCUUUCUCCCAAGGCUCAGUGUGAUAACUGUUUCUGGACUGGCUGGUCUUGUUCUGGCAAGAAAAGGGUCUCAGCUAAAGCGGCUGGGAGUGCCCCUGGGUAUGGCUGCCGUAAGCACUGCGGUGUGUUACCCAGCACAGACAGUUGGGGUGCUGAAGCUCAUGGGGAAAAAGAUGUACCCUGCUAGUCAGUGGACGAGCUCAGCCAUCACCUCAUUGCGGAAAACACCAAGUGCUGCAAAAGAAGCCAUCAUCCAGUCAUCCAUCCCCAAGGAUGUACCAGUCCCAGGCUCUGAAGUCAGGGAGCCAACAAUAAAGCCCCUCCCUAAGGUCGAACCAUCUGAAGAGGCCCUUCUAUCUUCUGAUGAACCAACCUCAAUCCCAGCCCCUGUAGAGGAGGUUACUUCGGAGGCUGGUCCAGAAGUGGAUACCUCCUCCGUCACUGCUGAAACCACGUCCCGUUCACUAACACUUGAACCUCACAUCCCAGUAGCACCUGAAUCUGUCCCCACACACAUCCCUGAACCUGAGCUUCCCAGCAUGAAGGAUUUUGCUUCUCCAUCCAUCCUUGAACCUGAGUCUCCCACUAUGAAACAGUCUAUUCCUCCACCCCUCCUUGAACCUCAGCUUCCCUCUGGACAUGAGUCCCUUCCUCCUUCCACCCCUGAACCUGAGGUUUCCAGCAUGGAAGAGUCUGUUUCUCUACCCAUCCUUGAACUUGAGCUUCCUACUAUGAAAGAGUCUAUUCCUCUACCCACCCCUGAACUUGAACUUCCCUCUGGUCUUGAAUCAGUCCUUUCAACCAUUCCUGAACCUGCGAAAGCCUCUGUUCCUCCCCCUAUCCCUGAACCAGAGUCUUCUACUGGGGGUGAAUCUUCCCCUGCACCCAUCCCUGAAUCUGAGCAUACCUCUUUGCUUUCUCUUGUGUCUCCAUCUGUGAAGGAACCUUUACCACUCUUUGAACCUGAAUUUGAACUGAUAGAUGAGAUCCAAGUCUCUCUUGAGCCUGAACCAGAAUCCAAGGUUACUGUUGCAGCAGAAUCUGGGCCAGUGCAGGAAAGUGCUUUUGUUCCAACCUCAGAACCAGAACUGGCUGCAGAAGCUGCUCUAGUCCACAUUGAUGAGCUUCUCCCCAUUCUUGCUGCUCCUGAUCCCGUGGAGCUCCCAAACCCACCCUUUCUGGAGACCUCUGAACCGGUUCCAGAAGUGGACAUCUUCGCAGAAAGGCCUACCCACCUUUCCAAUCCCCCUAUGGAGAUUACCACCCUUGAGUGCCCUAUACAAGAAGCCUCUCCAUUAUGUAGCAAUGGUAAACCUGCCCCAGUUGAGGAAGUCAUCCUGCCAUCUCCCGCUGCCGAUCCCAGUCCCCUGGAACCUUCUGUCACUACAGAAAAGCACGGAUUUCCAGCAGAGUCUGAGCUUCUAGACCAUGGCCAGGCCGAGCCUGAGGAUGCUGACCUUUACAGCACACGAAGCUGAACAUCUGGUAGAAGAGAAAAGGAGAAACCUGUGGGGUGGGAGAUUUGCUCACAUCCAAAGUUUUAUAGCA